CGGUCCUACUACUAAUCAUGGCCUAUAAAAGCGACAGGACUCAUCAUUAUCAUCACACCAGCUUAACUUGACCACGGAGGAAGACGCACAUCUACUGCACUGAUCACGAAAAGCCAGCGAUUUGAAACGAUGGAUCCUUGUGACUGCUCAAAGACUGGAAACUGCACCUGCGAAGGAUCAUGCGCGUGCAAGAACUGCUCCUGCACGAGCUGCAAGAAGAGUUGUUGUUCUUGUUGUCCAUCUGGGUGCAGCAAGUGCGCCUCUGGGUGUGUGUGCAAAGGGAAUACUUGUGACACUGGCUGCUGUCAAUAAAAUCCUGUUGCCUAUAAUGUCCUGAUUUAUUGUGAUGAAACUGUAACCCAUGUUGUAAUUUUCUUUUGUACUACUAAUAAAUGAUUACUUUAAAAAGC